AUGGACGCCGUCAACCAAGGUAUACGGUCCAUCAAUGAUGGCUUUGCCUACUUGAAGAGCAAUGCGUGGCCAAUUCUGUUCAUGUUGGCGCUCUGGUUCUACUUGAAGCCAAGAGUCAUGGCGGCCAUGGACGAUGCCAAGACACGACGUAACCCGCAACAGAUUCGAGAUUAUGAUAACGAUCUUCGCCGUGUGCGACAAAUGCAACAACUGCAGGCAGAACAAGACGCAAAAAUCAAGGCGCAGAAGGAAAAGAGUUCAAGCCAAGAAGUCGUGCCACAAGAAAAAAAGAAAAAACCAAUCCCAAAGAAGCCAAAGGCGACGACCAGCAGCGCGGAGAGUUUGUCCAUGAAUAAUUUCUCCUCUCCAUCCUACAGACCACAACGUCGACAGGUUCGAAGAGGAACCAUGAAAGCCACCAAAUCAACAAUUUACUGUAAUCACGGGGCGCCAGGUAUUGGAAAUGUGUGA